AUGGGUAGAAGAAAAAUCGAAAUUGAACCUAUCAAGGAUGAUAGAAAUCGUACAGUGACUUUUAUAAAGCGAAAAGCAGGGCUAUUUAAAAAGGCUCAUGAAUUGUCUGUGCUUUGCCAAGUAGAUAUUGCUGUCAUUAUUUUAGGAUCUAAUAAUACAUUCUACGAAUACUCUUCUGUUGAUAUGAGCAACUUGCUUACUGUUCAUCAGAAUAACAUCGAUCUUCCUCAUAAUAUCAUAGAACCUUCCGAUUAUGGUGACUAUGUGAAAAAACCACGUGUUGUUCUGAAUGAAAGAAAACGUAGGCGAAGAAGAGCAGCCGUGUUGCAACCAGCUUCCCGUUCUGGGAGUAGUACUGCUUCCAGUCAGGAUUCUUCCAGUAUACAAAACAAUCGGAAUCUAAGCGCUCCGUCAGCGCCAAAUGACGCCGGAAAUACCUGUGUAAGUACACCAUUGGUACAUUACGAGGGAGGAAUAUCCCGAAGUGGAUCCAGUAAUUCUAACUGUACAAGGAAUAAUGCAGAAUAUCCAGUGUUCCAAGACUGUUUACACCCUGGUGGAAAUUUUCAUGCUAAUAAUUAUAAAGAGAGUGUCGAUCAACAACUUCUUGCUAACGAGACUCUUCAUAGAGACUUUAUGAACAAGAGGAUUAGGUUGGAUACACGACCACUUCUUCCUGGAUCUAACCAGUCUAGUUAUCAUAACUUUUACCCGUCGCCCUAUGAAAAUUUGCCAAAGCCUUCGUUACCUACCAGUUUAGUGGGCAAUAUUCCACCCUUUCAAUCUCAAUUUGUACAAGUCAUUCCGGCAAAUACUAACCUGACUGGGAGAACAUUUAAUGGCACGGGUGAUAAUGAGACCAUUGAAACAAGGCAAAAGAUACCUCCAGCAGUUACUAUUUCAAAUGCUUCAGAUGGUCCCGCUCCAGUGCAGACGAUGGUCCACCACCUGAACCAACUAAACAGCAAUAGAGGAAAACUCUCAGGGAAACCUUAUUUAAAGUUAAGCAUCCCUGGGGCCACAAGUGAUCCCUGCCAGAAGUCACCAGUGGUGUAUUCAGCAACCGCAUCACCGAAGACGGAUUUACAACCCACUCCUGAACAUGUGCUUAGCAGCAACAUGUCCUCGCCCCUUUCUCGUUCGAAAAUUUUGGCGUUAAAGAACAAUGAUGUAGACGGCUCAUAUCAUAAUGGCCGGUGUGCCAGCACACAUGUAAAUAACAAAGCAUUCUUUCUGAAGCCGCCAAUUGGUAGACCGCCUAAAUUUCCGAAAAGUCCGUCUUCUUCUAUUGUGGUUUUCCCUUCCUCAGUAGCUAGUUCAAGUGUGAAAUCGACAAAUUCGACGAACUCUCCCGAUUAA